UACACACAAGCACAACAUCCUCUUACUCUCUGUGAUGCAUUGGUCCCUUUCACUGUUAAUCCAGCUGGGUUGUGCCUCCGUGCAUUGCUGUACUUUUGCCAUCUGAUAAAUUCCCCACGGACGGUUGGAAAAAUCACAUUUUAGGCCAGGAAUUUUGCACUUUUUGGAUUUACGUCAAGUGGGAGCUUCACAUCAGAGCCUCUUGCUCGGGGGUGGUACUCGGCUCCACGGGACUUCUGAGCCAAACAAUGAAGUCCCAUCCAGGUAGCUCGACGGUGCUGCUGCCCAUCGCCCUCUGCCUCAGCUUGGUCCCCGUGUGUCUCAGCGCUGCAAUCCCUGUUUCAUGUGGUUCCAUCUACAAGCGCUUUGCUCAGUGUUUACUCACACUCGGGGACAGUUUAGUGGACACACAAAAAGAGCAGAGCACACAGGACAUCGAUGCCAUCUGCAGGUCCUGGAAUGCAUUUCACGUUUGUGCCAACUCAGCUCUGGCCGGCUGUCCUGGAGAAGCAGCAGCUGUUUGGGAGUCUCUAAGACAAGAGUCCAGGAAGACAGAGUUUUCUGGAAACCUCUACAACAUGUGCGCCAGCCGCACAACGCUCCCACCCAGCACCGUGCCUGCAGCUCAGAGCCCCCCCACGUCCGACCAGACAAACCAGGAAACACUGAAAGGGCAAACACACAAGCACAGCCCCACGCUCUUCACUGUACUGCUCCCUGCGUGCAGCAUGCUGCUAGUUCUGCUCAGGAGUUAGUUAACCCAUAUUAACCCUUCGGUCAGAGUGAUGCCAGCAGGCCGUCACAGUCCUGCUGCCCCUACAAUCCAAACAAACAAGGGCACACAAUCCAUACAAGUCACUUUCAUCAUAAUCCUUAAAUAAGGAUUGCUAUAACUGGAUCAGUUUGAAAUGUUUGGUUCAGGACACUAAUACAGCAUUGACGCAUUGAAAAAAAUUGAAGACCUGUCUUCUGUCAGACAGAAGCCUCUUACAUGAAGUCCACCAAGUUUUCAAUCACUGCAAGAGUUUACAGUUUUUUCUGAAUGCUUAAACCCUAACUGUGAUUCCUGUAGCACAAUCUCUAAAACUAUUCAGACUUACAGCAAAACCACUCACUGAGUUUGCAAAACUAAAAGCACAAAAACUGCUUUGCACUCAGUUUGCAAUUUUGUAACACACACUUUGCAAAACUGUGGGCACAAUUAACUACACAACACUCAAUUACCAAAUUUCCAACACACUCCUAGCAA